AUGGCGGGCGUCGCGACAGCAUACUCGUCCGAUGCACUAGCAUCGCCAGUCGAUGGCUCACAAUGGGAAUUCGCGGUUCCACUAGGUCACGAGGAAAGCCGCCAUGCGAGACCACGAAACUCCCAGGACUCCAACGUCGGCCGUGCAAAAUCAACCCGCAAGCGACACUCCAACGGCUCCCGCAGCUCCUCCCUCUCCCGCCCCGUCCAUCACGAAUCACCCUAUCUGACCUCCAGCCGAGGACGCCGAGAUCCAAGCCUCAAUCGACGGGGGAGCGAAGUAGGCAGUAUGCGAGAGGCGUAUGGACACGACGGUAGCCGUAGAGAACCCGAGGAGGCAAAGGACGGUCUGAAUCUAUUCUUGGACGGAACCAGCCAGGAACAGUGGAUUCAUCGGGACAAGCUAGCCAAGAUUGAGAGUGAGGAGCUGCACCAGGCGGCCAUCCUCUUCCAGCGACGGAUGAGGGGGGAGAGCAAAUCGAGCGGACGAGAAAGGACCCACGAGUCGUACAGCGCCGCAAAUGGCACCGGCCCCUCCUCGCCAGCAGAGUACUCCGAACCCUGGCCGGAGCUGAGAGAAGAUGCCCGUCGGGGCCAAGGAACCACGGAGCGGAAGCACUGGGAUCUCCGCCGACCGGAGGAAAUUGCGGCGGACGACGCAGCGGCCAGCAUCUACAGCCAUCCCAGCCAGGGAAAAAGUGCCUCGCGCAUCCCGAUUUCGACCGCCAGUCCCGUCCCGAUUGCGGGCACGGGCCGGGAUUCCCAUUCUCGGAGCCGAGCAGCCACGGAUGAAGAUGACCGGUCCUCACGCGGCCGGAGAGCCAGCGAACCGAUCAAUAUUGACCAAGAGAUGUCAACUCCAUCGCCAACGAGCCGACCGGGCAGCCGUGGCUUCACCACCCAGAACACCCCGGCGAAGAAGAAGCCCGCGACGACCCGCAAGACCUCAGCACCCCCGACCAACCGCAAGACCAGUACCGCUCGAUCUCGUGCCGUAUCAGGCAAUGUACGACCAACAACCCGUGGCAACGAGAGUCGCCCGACCACGGCGGCCAAUCGACCCGAGGGAGAUCCUCCUUGGCUGGCAACCAUGUACAAACCCGAUCCCCGUCUUCCACCAGACCAGCAGAUGCUCCCCACGCUCGCCAAGAAAAUGCAGCAAGAACAGUGGGAGAAGGAAGGCCGAACGCCCAAUACGUACGAUCGAAACUUCGCGCCUCUUGCGGUGCAUCCAUUCGACGCGCCCCCCGUUCCUUCAAAGACCGACCCAGAGCCCACACCCGCCCCCGCCCCCGAACCCGAACCCGAACCUCAACCUCAGUCCCCGCAGCCUGUCGAGUCGAUACAGCUCAAUGAUAUCCCAUCGGCCAAGAGUCCCGAACCGCGCCCCAACACGAGCACCGGCUACAGCACAAUGCCCAAGGUGCAAGACACACCCCCAAUGGGACUCACUCCCAACCCGAACCCCAACUGGACCCCGCCUGUCGUCACUGCCCGCGAAGCGCCGAAGAAAGAGAAGAGCUGUGGAUGUUGCAUUGUGAUGUGA